CAAAGACGUUCUGUGAUGAAGAGUUUUUAUUUUGGAUAACUUAUUAUUGUCAUUUAAAAUAUUAUUACGCUCUAUUGUUAAUUAUUCGUAGCAUUUUCAAAGGAAAGAGGGAAUAUAAUUUUCAUCAAGUAAUAUGUCCUCUGAAGAUGAAGAAUAUAGUUCUGGAGCUGGAGACGCUGAUGAGAACGUCCCCAUUGAGCAAACGAAUGAAGAAUCAGAUGCAGAGGAACACUUUGAUAUAACCCUUGCAGCUUCACAUUCCUAUAUGGGAGCUGGUCUUGAAGCAAUAAAAGGUAGAUCAGUGCUUGAAGCAGGCUGGACUGGUAAGGUGCCUGUCAUUGCUCAUCAUGGAGCUGUUUUCCCUGGAGAGACUGUGCCAAUGCUCCUUACAAAUUCUCAUGAUGCUGCCAUGGUACAUGAAACAUUACGAUCAGACAAGCUUUUUGGGCUGUUAUGUCCCGAUGAAACCGGCAAUUAUGUGUCGGGCUAUGGUGUGCUGUGUGAAGUAUUUGAAGCAAGAGUCCUAGAAGAUAAUAUUCAUCCUAAUAACAUCGUAUUCAAAGCUAGAGCUAUAAACCGUUUCCGGUUUUUGCAAAUGCCUAGAACGCCACAGUCUAUUCACAUUUACAUUAGGAUGCGUUUAUUGGAUGUGAUAGUGCCGGCGGAGGUGGAACACGGAGAACCCUUACGUGAAAUCCGCCUGGCCAGCCUCGACCGAUGGAGGCGAGACAAAGACCGCAAUGUCAAUAGCUGCCAACUGCGCAAGAUGGACGCACUGAUGACCUCGUGGCCUCUCUUCGUGUAUGAUAUAUUCGACUUCCGCCGCAUGAGACACACCAUAUGCGAGUUCUUCAGAUCUAUUACUAAAGCAGAUAUCCCGGACAGCCCGGUGGCGUUGUCUUUCUGGGUGGCUUCCAACCUGGCGCUGUCACCGCGGGAGCGUCUCGCACUCUUCAUCGUGGAUGACGCCCUCUUGCGGCUGCACAUGGCGAUCAGGCUGAUGGGCCGGCUGAGUGUAAUGUUCUGCUCGGCGUGCACCACGGUGGUCGCCAAGUGGGAGGACGUGUUCUCAAUGUCCAGCGAGGGACCUCACUCCAACUAUACCAACUUAGUUGGGUACAUGCACGAUAUACUGACGGUACGCACGGCUGACAACUUGGAGACCAGUGGACCACCCUCGGCCGAGUUCAGCUGGUUCCCAGGCUACAAGUGGACCAUCAUGGUGUGCCGCUGUUGCAUGGUGCACAUCGGUUGGAGAUUUGACGCAGAGAAACCCACUCUUCGGCCACGGCGGUUCUUCGCUCUCUCUCGUAACCACAUGCAGUUCGGAGCGCGCUCCGCCGCCGCGCCUCCGUCUCGGGAUCCCGUCCGGUCCAUCACGGUGGACCUGCACUCCUACACAACUCUCACCUGAAGCUGCCUAGAUGAAGAAUCUUGCCGGAGUAGUAAUAAGUGAUCAUCAUAAGCCGGAAGACGUCCACUGGCACACAAAGGCCUUCCCCCAAAGAUCUCCACGACCAUCGGUCCUGCGCUGCCCUCAUCCAACGUAUUCCGUCGAUCUUGACUAGAUCUUCGGUCCAUCUUAUGGGGGGCCUACCAACACUACGUCUUCAGGUACGUGGUCGCCAUUCGAAGACUUUUCUGGCCCAUCGUUAUGUCGCUGUAAAAACAUGCAAUUUCGCCCAAUAGUAUUGCCUAAAAUGUAAAAUCUGCCUCGCUUAACUUCCUUGUGUCAGAUACCCAUUCACGAAUGAGAGUACCUAUAGUAUAUCGAACAGGGAGAUUGUAUUUUUGCUAUUUAUGUCUUGAUUAACUUGAACUCCCUUCGGUUUUAUUGGACACGAACUGCAAAUCUUCUUCGCGUUAAGGUGCCAGUAGAUUUGCUCGAUUUUCUUGCUAUCGUUCUGUCGAUAAAUACACAUACCUGUUGUUUUGUUGAUCAAUUAAAGCCUACCGAACUUUAAAAAAAUUAACUUUAGUUAUGGUUAUGUCAGACUUAGCUUAAAGAUUGACCUUGGUUGAUUGUCGACCAAAUAUAAAUAAUAUAAUUCGAUCAUAAUAGACUUUGAUGAUAGAUUGGAUAGAUACCACAAUUCCAAAAUAUUUUCACAUAUUGAUUCAUUGAUAGAUAAAAAAAUAUUUCGCCUAUUGUCUGAAGAUCAAUCAAUUCGAGCAAAUCUGCAAGCACCCUUACCUUUUGUGUGGGUUGGUAGUUAAGGACAGCGCACUAACGCCUCUGUAUGUAAAUUGUAAACGCAAAAAAUAUAUAAAGACUAAUUCAUUAUUUCCUAGGCUUUCUUUUCGAUACAAAUAUUAUGAGUUCUUGAUUGCCAAUAUCAAAACAGGCUUACAACAUGAAUCUUAUUGUUUAAUUGCGUUGAAAGUUUUCCAUGUAUAAAUGAACCACUCAAUACUUGAGGACUAGUCAAGUCAGCAAGGUCUUUUUUAAUUUAGUCUUUGAAACAAUAGACAUAAGGUAGUUUUUACUUCUCAUGGAAGUAUCAUAGUUUUUUUAAUAAAAACAAAUAUGCUUAAGUUUUAGAUACCGGUGAUACAUACUUCCGUAAAAUAUAUUUUUUACUCUGC